ACAGAAGAGUAGAUAUGAGAUUUCUGCCUCAGACAAAGAUGCUCCAGGAAGAUAUUAUUGCAAAUAUUGGGUAGAAAUGAAUGGACGGACCAUCAGCUCGUCACCUAGUGAGCAUGUCACCGUCAAUGUCACAAACACACCGCUGCCUCCAAACAUUACUCUGGUACCGUUAUUCUCUGUAUAUACUACUAAGGAAUCUGUGCAUCUGGAAUGUGCACUUCCUGAUGUCACGGCAGCGAAAGGAAUCCAGAUUUACAAAGAAGGAAAGAAGAUCCAUGAAGAGGUGACACUAAAGAGUAGAUAUAAGAUAUCUGCCUCAGACAAAGAUGCUCCAGGAAGAUAUUAUUGCAAAUAUUGGGUAGAAAUGAAUGGACGGAGCAUCAGCUCGUCACCUAGUGAGCAUGUCACCGUCAACGUCGCAAACACACCGCUGCCUCCAAACAUUACUCUGGUACCGUUAUUCUCUGUGUAUACUACUAAGGAAUCUGUGCAUCUGGAAUGUGCACCUCCUGAUGGCACGGCAGCAAAAGGAAUCCAGAUUUACAAAGAAGGAAAGAAGAUCCAUGAAGAGGUGACACAGAAGAGUAGAUAUGAGAUUUCUGCCUCAGACAAAGAUGCUCCAGGAAGAUAUUAUUGCAAAUAUUGGGUAGAAAUGAAUGGACGGACCAUCAGCUCGUCACCUAGUGAGCAUGUCACCGUCAAUGUCACAAAUAUCCCCCAGGAUCCAUCCAUUAUUCUGAAUCCUAAGUUACCUGUUUAUAUAAAAGGGGAAAAUGUGAACAUCACUUGUUCUUUUCCUGAGCAGUCUACCGUCAUCUCCAUCCAGUACAUCAAAGACAACCAAGAGAUUCACAGAUCUAAGACACCCAAGACCAUGUCCACAUAUGUAUUAUCUAAUUUAUCUCUGGAGAAUACAGGUCAAUAUAAGUGUCAGUACUGGGUUAAAACUUCCGGGAGACAAAUUUCUUCCAAUGCAAGUGUUCCUAUAUCUAUCAUUGUGGAGGAUCCACCCAUUACUCCAGUUCUUAAGCUGGCUCCAACUCUGGAAAUGUAUGUAGUAGGAGAAAGCCUUGUAUUUACAUGCAGCGGCCUUGUCAAUGCAAGACAUACCAUAUAUAAAGAUGGCCAGCUGCUGCAGAACGAUUUCUUCCAUCUAAUCCCAAGUGUACAGUUAUACCACAAUGGAAGCUAUACCUGUGCAUACAAUUUUGAUAACAAGGGACGUCAGAUGGAGUCAUCCCGAAGCCAGGCUGUUAACAUAUAUGUAAUCGAACCAUUGCCAGCUCCUAUACUCACAUUGGGACGCCCCAUAGAAAAAGUAGAAGAGGGGUUUGUGGUAACAUUAAACUGUUCUGCACCAGAUGAAGAUCUGCUUAGGACGUUUUACUAUUUCAGCACAACAGAAGAUAAUCAUUUGGCCAACUUGACAGGUUUUUCAAAAUCUCUUGAGUUGAAAGUGGGACAUGUCAGCCAAAUUUCCUAUAUCUGUGAAUAUGAACAGGAGCUGAAGGGAAGAACGAUUAGGUCUAGAAGGAGUCAAACACUUCCCAUACAGCUGUCAGAAGCCUCCAUAAUGUCCCCUCCAGUGAUAGCUGGUAUUAUCGGAGCAAUCUCUCUUCUUCUUUGUUUUACUCUGGCACUUUGGUUCUACAUGAAAAGUAAAAGAUAUAACAGACUUAAUCGUUUUCGUUUCAGUUGGUACUGGAAGGAAAAUCGGUCUCCAAAAAGGCCUGAUGCUCCACAACCUUUGUGUCCAUUGAAAGAAACUGAAGAGAAAAAUCAAAUUCUGGAUAUUUCUGUAAAAGAUCACUACAAAAUAGUUUCAAUAAACCCUGCAUGUCUAUCAAUUGCAACACAAAAGGAGACUGAUGCUCUAGACGGAGCUAUGAACUUCUCCACAUUUCACUGUAAAAAUGUAUCUGAAGGAGACACUGCCUGGAAUUCCUCAGGCCUUUAAAAAGGGAAUGAAGAUGAUUUAGUUUAAUAUGUUCU